CUUCUGGAUGGAUGAAUACGAGAAGUCAAUCCGGUUCACGGAUGACCAGAUUGCACCUUGUACGGUGUUCACGCUGCUUUGUAAGUGCCGGUUGACGUGGGGGAAUACAAACACUUGAAAGCUACAAAAAUGGUAGUCGGGUUGCUUAUGUCACUGUAUGCGGCAUUGUCGCCAGCCGUACGUGCGCUGAGGCAGCGUACGUUUAUACUCGUAAAACCGGAGGCAGUCCAGCGAGGUAUUCUGGGCAAGAUAGUCAGCAGAUUUGAGAAGAUCGGGUAUAAGUUGGUGGGAAUGAAGUUUUGCCAACCCUCAGAUGAUGUUCUUCAAAAGGCCUUAGCUGAUAUCACUCCCAAAACCUCACAGUCUUCUCUGGGAACAGGCCCUGUUGUUGUUAUGGUCUGGGAAGGCAGAGACGUUGUGCAACGUGCCAGGGCAGUCAUUGGUGCUGACGAGUUUGUAAAGUGUACACCCGGCUCCAUACGUGGCGACUCAGUUGUCAAUGAUAAGAGAAACGUCGUUUAUGGGAGUGACUCAGCUGCCACAGCAGAGAAGGAAAUCAGCCUGUGGUUUCAACGUGGUGAGAUAGUUCAGUGGGAUUGCUGCCUCGAUGAAUGGAUAUCAAGGGCAAAUAGCUAAAUCACUGAGGACGUUGCACGCCCUCUUUGUAACUGUUUAUGUAAAGUGUUUAGUGCACAUUGUCUCGCAUUUUUUAGCCAAAAGCGUAAUUCUUUUACCACAUUGUUGGAAUGCACUUUCUAGCUCUCUACAUUUCUGUUUACAUUUGUGGUGCUCAAGCCCUUUCUUGAGGGUAAUGUACGUAAGUACACGUAGCGGUCAGUGUCAUUGUGACAUUUAUUGUGAUUCAGCAUACUGUGAGUGAGAACUGGGUGAUUCAGCAUACUUGCAUGAACAUUGAUGAAAUUCCUCAGUGGCGUCCUCAGUAGCUUUGAGCACACGCUACAGUCCUCUUUGCUGCUCAUCUGUAGAGCACGGCAAAGCUACGUGAGGGUGGUGCUGAAUAAUUUAGUCAGUGUUUUGUACAACCGGGCCCUGGUUUUCGUUUCCAUUUUGAGACCCACGUUUAUAAAAGCUGGGCAUUUACUAACUGUGUUGUACUGUGACACAGUACUGUAAUUGACUGGCUGUUCAGCGAAGUGUGUUGCAACGUGUGUUUUACAACAUGUUGAAAUGACUGUUGUAAGUGAGACUUACAAGUGGGAAAUAAAUACUGAGCAGGUUAAGAAUAUUUUA